GUGUACUACAUGGCUGGUACCAUUGACAAUUUGGAUAACCUGCUGCAGUGUGGCAUCAUCUACGCUGAUAACCUGGUGGUGGUGGAUAAGGAGAGCACUAUGAGUGCAGAGGAAGACUACAUGGCAGAUGCUAAAACCAUAGUCAAUGUGCAGACCAUGUUCAGGUUGUUUCCUAGUCUCAGCAUAAUCACUGAGCUAACCCAUCCUUCUAAUAUGAGAUUCAUGCAGUUUCGUGCCAAAGACUGCUACUCCCUGGCUCUCUCCAAACUCGAAAAGAUAGAGAGAGAUAAGGGCUCAAAUCUGGCAUUCAUGUUCCGCCUCCCAUUCGCUGCAGGCAGAGUGUUCAGUAUUAGUAUGCUGGAUACUCUUCUUUACCAGGUGGGUAAUAGAUCAGAUGCAACUUCUGCUAAUUCUAU